CUGACAGCAAACGCCAUUUUGCUAUUAUUACAGGAGGUUGCAUUAUCUUUCGUCAACAAUGUAAUGCUCGAUGUGAAAUGUUUGUCGGAUUAUAUCAAUGUUUGUGAUGUUUGAGGCCGAAUUUAGCGCAAUAUAAAGAAAAUAGGAUUAUGGAGGAUCCUAAUGAGGCGCACAAUGUCGUUCCAGAACUCUACUUUCUGAUCGCGAAAUUUCUCUCCGGGGGCCCGCUGAAAGAGACUGCAAAGACUUUGCUCAAAGAGUUGGAGCGCGUAGAGGUGCUGCCCCGCCGACUUGAUUGGGAAGGCCGCGAACACUCUCAAUCCUUCGAUGAAUUGGAGGCGCAGUACCCGGAGGUGUCGCGGCGGCGCCUGGCGCGCGUGUGCGAGCGCGCGCUGCAGCUGGCGCGCCGCGCGCCCGCGCAGCUGCCGGCGCGCCUGUCGCUGCUGGGCGAGGCGCUGGUGCGGCCGGCGCGGCGCGCGCGCGACGACCACUCGCUGGUGCGGCGGCUGGCGGCGCGCGAGCGGGGCGCGCGCGGCGGCGACUUCCCGGCGCGCCUGCUGCGCGGCGUGGCGCUGCAGCGGCGCACGCUGGGCCACCUGUCGGCCGUGUACUGCGUGGCCGUGGAGCGCAGCGGCCGCUUCGUGCUCACGGGCGCCGACGACCAGCUCGUCAAGGUGUGGCGCACGGACGGCCGCCUGGCCGCCACGCUGCGCGGCGCGGGCGCCGAGAUCACGGACGUGGCGGCCUCGGCCGACGGCGCGCUGCUGGCCGCCGGCUCGGUGGAGCGCCUCGUGCGCGUGUGGUGCCUGGCCAGCGGCGCGCCGCGCGCCGUGCUGGCGGCGCACCAGGGCACCAUCACGUCGGUGGCGUGGGCGCCGGGCGUGGCGCCGCGCCGCCUGGCCUCCACCAGCACGGACGGCUCGGUGGCCUUCUGGACGUGCUCGGCCGACGGCACCUUCCAGCCGCGCCCCGUGCAGUACGUGGAGCGCCUGCGGCCCGGCGCCUGCCACAUGAUCUGCGCCGCCUGGUCGGCCGGCGGCGCCUUCCUGGCCGCCGGCAGCGCCGACCAGCGCGUGCGCGUGUACGCGCUGCACGGCGCCGCGCCGCGCCGCGUGCUGGAGACGCCGGCGCACACGGACGCCGUGGACUCGCUGGCCUGGGCGCACCGCGGCCUGCGCUUCGUGUCCGGCAGCAAGGACGGCACGGCGGCGCUGUGGACGCUGUACGCCAUGCAGUGGCGGCACAUCGUGCUGCGCGUCACCGGCGCCGACGACCACAAGAAGCUCAAGGUGACCAUGGUGUGCUGGGACCGCAGCGACGCGUACGUGGUGACAGCCGCGUCGGACUGCUCGCUGCGCGUGUGGUGCGCGCGCUCGGGCGCCCCGCUGCGCGCGCUGGCCGCGCACCGCGACGAGGCCUACGUGCUCGAGCCGCACCCGCGCCUGCCCGGCGUGCUGCUGUCGGCCGGCCACGACGGCCAGCUGCUGCUGUGGGACGUGCGCGACGAGCGGCCGCUGGCGCGCUUCCGCAACGCGCUGCCGGGCCAGGGCGCCGGCGCGCUGUUCGACGCCAAGUGGCUGCCCGACGGCGCGGGCGUGGCGGCCGCCGACGCGCACGGCCACCUGCUGCUGCUGGGCCUGGGCGCCGGCGCGCCGCUGCUGCGUCGCCUGCCGCCCGAGCUGUUCUUCCACACGGACUACCGGCCGCUGGCGCGCGACGCGCUGGGCGGCGCGCUCGACGAGCAGACCGAGCUGCCGCCGCACCUCAUGCCGCCGCCCUUCCUGGUGGACGUGGAGGGCGCGCCGCACGCGCCCGCCUUCCAGCGCCUCGUGCCCGGCCGCGAGGCGCUGCCGCUCACGCAGCUGCGGCCGCGCGCGCGCGCCGGCGCGCCGCCGGACCCCGCGCCCGGCGGCCGCGGCGACGGCGUGCGCCACACGCCCGGCGCCUGGCUGGCCGACGCGCCGCCCAGCGCGCGCCCCAUCGUGCCGCCCGCGCCGCGCGCCGUGCAGGCCGAGCUGGCGGCGCAGGCCGCCGAGCUGUUCGCCUGGGAGCUGGCGUGCUACCGGCGCGAGAUGCGGCGCCGCCCGCUCAUGAUCAGCACGGCGCCCGGCGAGCCCGCGCGGCGCCGCGCCGGCCGCCGCCCGCGCGCCGCGCCGCCGCGCCGCGCCCCGGAGGAGGAAGAGCGACGUUUGGAGGACGAACCGGCGGACAUACCGGAGGAAAGCCGCAGCGACUCAUCGGACGAAUCGGUGCGGCUGUCGGCCGAGCGCUCGUCGCACUCGUCGCACUCGUCGCGUUCUAGCCGCUCCAGCCGCUCCAGCGACGACACGGAGUCCGACAGCUCGCACACGGACGCCAAGAGCGACAGCUCGGCGUCGUCGCAGUACUCUGACUGGGAGGCGGGCGCCGCGCUGGCGCCGCCGGCUCGCUCGCGCCGCCGGCCCGUGCCCACCGCCCGAUACAGCCCGAGCACGAGCACCACUAAGCGCCCCGCACCCGCUGUCACCACCGCCACCGCCGGCACCGAUGCCGGACCCAGCACAUCUGGCGACGCGGCCUUCGCGUCCGGCAGCGCAACAGUCGCGUCUGAUAGCGCGAUAGUCGCGUCCGGUAGUAUGAAUGGCGUGCCGGAGGAGUUGCCCGAGGCGUACCGUGUGGGCGAGUGGCUGACUGCAGUUUCGCCCAGGAAGGCUCCGUACCAUCCGCAGAUGGGGGACCAUUGUCUGUACUUCCGACUGGGCCACCAGCGCUACUUCGAGGCGGUGGCGGAGAAGGACGUGUACAAGAUCAACGCGCGGGACAAGCCUUGGGAGCUUCUGCAGCUCUACGAGUGCGAGGCGGUGCAGGUGGUCGGCAUCAAGUACGUGAUCAAGCCGCCGCGCGUGGCGUGCCUGCGAAUGGCGCGCGCGCGCGACGGCCGCGCCUUCACCGUGCGCUACCACGACAUGCCCGACGUCAUCGACUUCCUCGUGCUGCGCCACCACUACGACGCGGCCGUGGCGCGGCGCUGGGGCGGUGGCGACCGGUUCCGCUGCAUGAUCGACGACUCGUGGUGGGCGGGGCAGGUGCUGGAGCGCAUCCCGGCGCCGCAGGGCAGCGACGCGGCGCCGCCCGCCGAGCCCGAGCAGAGCUGGGCCCGCGAAGCCGCCUCCCACUUCCUAUCGCUGCGCGUGCGCUGGGACAACGGCGAGGUGGAGCGCCUGUCGCCCUGGGACCUGGAGCCGCUGGACGCGGAGCGGCUGCCGGCGGAGCCGGGCGGCGCCGUGCCGGUGCUGGCGCGCGAGCUGGAGGCCGUGCUGGCGCGCGCGCACGAGUGGCCGCCGCUGGCCAGCCGCGCCAUCGCGGCGCACGUGUCGCAGGUCAUGUCGCUGUCGGCGGCCGAGCCCUUCGUGGCGCCCGUGGACCUGCAGCUGUACCCCGCCUACGCGCGCGUCGUGCCCUACCCCGUGGACCUGGCCACCAUCCGCGCGCGCUUCGACAACCUGUUCUACCGGCGCGCGGCGGCGGCGCAGUUCGACGCGCGCUACCUGGCGUCCAACGCGGAGCAGUUCAACGAGCCGCACUCGCCCAUCGUGCGCCAGGCGCGCCUCGUCACCGACUUGCUGCUGUACGUCAUCGGCGAGUGGCGCGACGCGGACGUGCUGGCCAAGUACCACGAGCUGGCGGCCGCCUACCACUCCUCGGACGGCGAGGCGCCGCGCCGCGCCGCCUGGCUGCCCGCCGUGGCCGCGCUGCUGCGCCGCCUGGCCGCCGCGCCCGACGCCGAGCCCUUCCGCCAGCCCGUGUCCGCCGCGCAGGCGCCCGACUACGCGGCCGUGGUGGCGCGCCCCAUGGACCUGGGCACGGUGCGGCGCCGCCUCGCCGCGGGCCGCUACGCGCGCGCGGCCGACGUGGCGGCCGACGUGCGGCGCGUGUUCAGCAACAGCCGCCUCUACAACACCAACAAGCGCAGCCUGAUCUACUCCAUGACGGUGCGGCUGGCGUCGCUGUUCGAGGCGCUGUGGGCCGAGCUGCCGGCGCCGGGCGGCCGCCGGGCCCGGCGAGCGCGCCGCACCGCGGGGCGGGGGGCGGAGCGCGGGGCGGGGCGCGGGGCGGGGCGCGAGUCGUCGCGCAGCUCGGAGGGCGAGCCGCUGGCCGCCACGUCGCGGCGCGUGCACGCCGCGCGCGCGGACUCGUGGGACAGCGACGCGCCGCUCACCGAGCACCGGAAGGGCAAGGGCGUGGGCAAGAAGAGCAAGAGCGCCGCUUCCGCCAGCUCCAGCGGCGUGCCGGGGUUCGCGCGCUCGCCGUCCGAGGGGGAGGCGCGCGGCGAGGCCGGCGACGGCGCCUACUCGCGGCUUGAGGUGCUGGAGGAGCGCCUGGCGGAGAACGGGACCGCGCGCACGCGGCGCGGCGCGUCGCACCGGCGGCGCGGGGCGGAGAGGCGCGGGGCGGAGAGGCGCGGGGCGGAGAGGCGCGGGGCGGAGCGGCGCGCGCGCAAGCGGCGGCGCCGGCGCAGCUCUCCCAGUAGCGGAGGCACGCGGCCGCGCAAGAGGGUGCGCGCGCGCGCGUCGGCGGGCAGCGCGUCGUCGUCGAGCGCGGGGUCGGGCGCGGGCUGGGAGGCGGGCGCGGGGCGGCGCUACGAGUCGGACGGCUCGUACCGGCCCGGCGGGGACUCGUCCGACGACGACCAGCCGCUGCUGGCGUACCGCACGCCGCGCGCGGGCGAGCCGGGGCCCUCCCGCGCGCCGCGGACCCCGCAGCGCCGCGGGGGCGGCGGCGUGUCGCUGCGGCGGCGCGGCAGCCCGCGGCGCUACAACGAGGACAGCGAGGACGACUCGGCGGCCGCCAUCAGCAAGCGCGGCCCGCACCACCUGCAGCUGCAGCGCCAGCAGCGCCAGCGCGCGCUCAUGCGCCGGCGCCACCACGCGCAGGGCGCGGCGCACGAGGCGGCGCGCGGCCCGGCGCCGGCGGACGCGCCGCACGCGCCGGACGCGCCGCACGCGCCGGACGCGCCGGACGCGCCGCACGCGCCGGACGCGCCGGACGCGCCGCACGCGCCGGACGCGCCGGACGCGCCGGACGCGGCGGCCAGUGCGGCGGACGCCGACCACAACUACUUCAACGGGCACGCGCACAACGGUACAGGUUCAAUAAUAGCAACUCUAAAUAGGAGAGCUUUCGGACAGCAUCACUGCCAUUCUGAUUACCGUGUUCCGGCGGGCGGGGCGCGGCUCACACCUGAGCCUGAGGUUGAUGGCUGGCAAUUUGUGGGACGCGGCGCGGGCGCGUCGUCGGGCUCCGGGGGCUCCGGGCCCGUGUCCAUUUCGUCGCGAGGCCGCUGCGGCGCGGGCUCCGGGGGCUUCGGGGGCUCCGGGGACUUCGGGGGCUCCGGGCCCGUGUCCAUCUCGUCGCGCGGCCGCGUGCGCACACUGACGGCCAAGGCGCGCGGACUGCUCCGCCCCUCCCGUACCCGUUAAGUUAAGAUUACCGCCGCCAUGUUAAACGUUAACUGUAAACGAUUGAUUGAUGUGACGUUUGUGACCGAAGUUCGCCUUCCUGGGUCUGUCCGUGUGACGUUUGCCGGUGAUGUGUCACCUGCGACGGAGGCUGUACUCUGCAACCACUUGUGUAUAUUUUGUAUAUAACAUUUGUACUAUGUAUAUUGAUAACAUCUUAUUGGGUGCUGUUCCAGUAUUCCUUGAACGGGCCUCGUGGAGGGAGGGGGGGAUACAAUUUGUUUUUGCAAGCCUGCGUGAGAUAGAGGAAUAUUUUUGUAAGAUAUAAUAAAUAAAAUACACUUCAAGUUAAAGCAAAUAUGCUAAAUUAGUAUUUCUAAAGUGUUCUAAAAAUCCAGUAAAAAAAU